AUGCAAAGCAUAAUCACAGUGAACCAGACGAACGCACGGGACGAUAUAACCAGCAUCAUUACACCUCGACCGAACGACAACGACGUCGAAGACCUCGAAGACCUAUCAUCAUUAGCAGCAGACGGCCUGAUCCGGCUACGCGACCAUCCUGAAGACGAACGGCCCAAAGAAAGUGUUAGAUUCGCUCAAGAAUCGUUGCACAGCUACCGGUUUUCAUCAUCCACAAGUGCAACUACCCGCACAGAUCUGGCCGAAAUACGCAAGAGCUUGAUGAAUCGUUCAAUUGACUUUAUGAAGCAUAAAUCCACAUCGCUCAAGACGCCCGACACCCUUCCUGCACAUUACCAUCCAUCCACCCUGUUAAACAACGACGACACGAACGACUUGGCCUACAGCAGGAGCAAAACAAAGAGCGUCGGAUACAGUCCAGUAGCAUCCUUCAAUGUCGAGCAAUAUCGCGCCUCUCGACGUCGGCGACGGAGUAAUCCUAUGCCGGAUAUCCAAGAAGGAAAACUCUCAAGGCCUGCAUCGCCUGUAACACCAGAUGAUGUCGAUCUCGUCACCGAACAAUUAAAGCAUCUCAACCACAACAGCCAUCAUGAUCACCAUCAUCUCUCUCAUAGCAAUAACAAUAACCAUGACAUCAGUCAUCAUACCGAGUCGCGCGCUUUCAUCAACGACACAAACAUCUCCUCUUCCUCGUAUUCUUCAUACUCCUCUUCUUCUUCCUCGGAAAGUGACUCAAACCCUUCUACUGCUGCUACAACUCCUACGCCCCCUGCUCCUACUACUACAAAGCGACCGGGCAUCCAGCGCAAAGUGUCGACAUCCGCCAACAUCUUUCCACAUCCAGCACUACACAACACAUCCAGAUUCCUGCCACAGAACCAAGCCAUUCUAACUACCUACGACGAUUGGCGAGUCAUACUUUCAAACGACAUUGCAGCACUUGUGCUGGUGGGUAUAGGCGGUAGCUGCCGAGGACUCGUGGGCAAAUCCGUUGUCGACUUUAUCGAGCCAUCCUACCGAAACCGUUUCCUAGAUAUGGUAACAAGGCGACGAGAGGAGCUCAGCCAUCUUGAAGACAGCACUGGCGGAAUGGUUCUUGUUUGCGGAAACGUGCUACCUAUUGUAAAGCAGGAUGGUUCCAGAUCGGCUGCGUCGCUGUGGCUCAAGGAAAAGCGGAACGAUGCCGGCUCUCCGGUCUAUAUCUGGAUCUUUGAAGAGGUGUUUGAAACAGUCACUCACAUCACCGUCAACAUGCAGGGUAUCAUCCAAUACACAGAUGAGUGUGUCCACGAGCUCUACGGCUAUGAACCCGGCGAACUGAUCGGCAAGUCAGUUGACAUGUUAAUUCCCUCGCUUAACCAUGUACAAGACAUUAGCCGGUUGCGCUUUUUUGGCAGCAGAACAAAGCUUGGAGCGCAUUUUCCCAUCAUUGCCAAAAUACACACCGUAUCAAAAGAGCCCGAGUGUUUCACGCUGCGAAUCACAUCGAUACCAAUGAUUGCCGGACUCGUGACCAUCCGCAAAGAUGGCACUAUAGAAGGCUGCAAUGCUGUCUUUGCCAGGUACAUGUUUGGUCUUUCACAAGAAGAACUUGUAGCUACCGACAUUGCAGACUUGAUGCCUCAAAUACCAACCUUGCUCAGCUGCUUACAGCGCGACGACCUGCUGCAGCACGGCAUCAUUAUCAACAGCCUAAUAUGUCGCAAACUGAUUGCAGACAUGGACAAUGAAAAGCUCUUGUCGUCUCUUCCUAAUGCCGCCGCUGCCAACAACAACAACAACAACAAAACCACUACCAGCAAUAUUCGACGUCUCACGCACGCUCCUAACGGUCAAAUCCUACCUGUUUUACUGGCCGUUCAUCGUGACAAAACACCAUUCGAGAUCCAGCUACAGCUAAAGCUUGUUGAAGGCUCAGACGACCUAUGUGCUUUGUGGAUCACCUUUGACCGAGAAGCGACCUUUUCACGAUGUGGCCAUAUCAACUCAACAUAUAAUCCACCACUCGAAAUCAAACAACAUGACGGAUUAGGCUUACCGGCAGCCAAACGACCGCCUCCUCCUCCUGAUCCGGCACCAGACUCACAAGAGCCAGAAAAGCCAUUACCUGCAGCGGCAGCAUCAGAAACAACAACAACAACAUCAGCAGCAGCAGUAGUAACCCCAUCGUCACCACAGUCAAUAGAAGAAAAAGCUGAAAAGUCAAAGCAAGAAGCGACGACAGCAGUUGAAGAGCGGCCUUCACGCAUCAUUACCAGUUUCUCUCGACCUACUUAUAUCUCUGCUUCACAAACACCCGGAGCUGCGGUCCCGUCGUCUCCUAUUUCACCAUGCACACCACGCUCUCGACCCUCUUCACGACCCCCAUCCACACAAGUAGUAUUACCCGACUAUUCAGCACAAACAAACGCAACGACGAUAGACGACUACACGAUUCUGGACAACCUGGGCCAAGGUGCGUACGGCCUUGUCAAGCUUGCAGUCAAAAGGGAUGACCCAGAGCAGAAAAAGGUUGUGAUCAAGUACGUGAUCAAGUCCCGGAUCCUGGUAGACUGCUGGACCAAGGAUCGCAAGCUCGGUGUCAUUCCGGUCGAGAUCCACAUUCUGCACACGCUUCGCAAGAUCCCACACAAGAAUUGCAGCGACAUGCUCGACUAUUUCGAGGAUGACGACCACUACUACAUCGUUAUGGGCUUACACGGCGUUGGAAUGGACUUGUUUGACUAUAUCGAAUUAAAGAACGGCAUGAUGGACGACGAGAUCCGGGAUAUUUUUAAGCAAAUUGCCGAGGCUGUGCGCCACCUGCACGACAACAAAAUUGUCCACCGCGAUAUCAAGGACGAAAACGUUGUGCUGGACCAAAACGGGGGUGUGCGACUGAUUGACUUUGGCAGCGCGGCCUAUCUGAAAGGACGACGGUACGAUACAUUUGUGGGCACAUUGGAUUAUGCAGCACCGGAGAUCCUGGCGGGUCAGACGUAUGAGGGACCGGCCCAGGAUAUUUGGGCGCUCGGUAUCUUGCUGUACACGCUUGUGUAUCGCGAAAACCCAUUUUAUGACAUUGACGAGAUUUUGAGCCACGAGCUGCGGGUCCCGUUUGUACUAUCUGAUGGCUCGCUGGGCCUGAUUAAGAAGAUGCUGGAUCGCAAUGUGGAUCAACGACCUAAUAUUCACGCGGUGCUGGCACACCCGUGGUUAAACUAA